AUGCUUCCAAGAGCUAGGCCUUUGGAGAUCGCGGGACCAAUUCCGGAUCUUGGCGAGGGCACAUAUGUGCCUGGUAUAGGCACGUAUGUCACGAUUGACGGCAACGGGACGCUCUUUCCAGAACCUCGAGACAGAUCUAACCCCGAUGCCAACCGCAUAAUCCUCGACGGUCAUGCUGUCUACUACUACGUCUGCGAUUACAUUCGAUCGGCUAGCGCUGACAAUACCGUUUCAAUACCAGUGUUUUGUGAGGAAGUGUUGACCCGCAACGCUCGCUAUACGUUCUCUCGACGUCGUGGAACUUCAGAGUUCCGCUACGAACACAUGUCUGUGAGAACUUACGGCCGUGCCGUCACGCACUUGGACAUUUCAAAUCAUCCUAUGACCAUCUUGGCGCACCAAGUGUCCAGCUUCUUCAACACUCCUAGGAAUGGGCCGAUAGCAACCAGCAUUGUCAACCGAGCGAGGUCCGCAGCACCAGUCCCAGAAAUUUGGGGCCGAGAGUACGAUGUUCGAAUCGAUGCCCAGACACUUGCCCGACUUGCACUGCCUGACACUCGUGCUGACGAUAACGACGACGCGACCGAGGGCGGGGUCCGACUGAGCGACGAUAGCCUCCACAGCAUCUGUGACGUCGACUCCAACAGCGAAGACGAGUCAUCAGCGUUCGACGAAGGUGAUUUUCCCUUCCGGCUCGAACCCAUAGUUCUCUCCGGCUCUACUCUCUACAGCCUCUUGCGAGAGUUGAUUCCUCUGCAAACAAACCCUCCACUGCAACUCCCUCGUUUCAUCGAGCAGAUCCCGCUCCAUGACAUUCGAUACAAGUUCACGCAGUUCUGCAGCAGAAUGGAGUAUGCCUACCGCGGAUGCAGCAUGACCCCCGAGAUGGCUGGUCCGCUUCCGGGGCCAAUGCGGCAGAUGUGGGCGGACGAGGUGGAAGACUGGUUCGAUGAAGAGCCAAGCGGGGAGUUUCUGACAAACUUGUUGGCGACUGCAAUGCGACGUGGUUUGCAGGAGGACGGCGAGUACGAGGUGAAGUUUGUUUAA